AUGGAGGCAGUUGUUCCAUUUCACCACUUUGAAGAAGCUGUAUCAUACGAGACAUUUGAGUUGUACUUGCAGAGCAACACUCCCUGUACGUUUGGGAACUGGAUAUCUGAAGACUGGCCAGCUCGACAUACUUGGGUUUUAAAGGAUGGCUCUCCUAACCUAGACUACUUGGAUGAAAACUUCGGUUGCUGUAAAGCCUCAGUCACUGAAUUCAACGAGAGGUUGGAGACUGGUUGCAGUGAACAAACUAUCAGCCAAUUUAUAUCAUACUGGAAAAGUUUAAAGUCUUCUCGACAUGAUAAGAUGAAUGAUGCUUUUCCAAGGGACAACUUCCUUUCCCUGCCACAUUAUCUUAAAGAUUGGCACUUUGCCAAGAACACACCACCCGAAUCAGUCUACCAAGUUCCUGAGUUAUUCUCAGACGACUGGUUAAACAGAUAUUGGAAGACUAGAGAAGAUGUGAAUGACGAUUAUAUCUUCUCUUACUUUGGACCAGCUGGAUCCUACACGCCAUUCCACGCUGAUGUAUUCAGAUCUUACAGUUGGUCUAUCAAUGUGUGUGGGGCUAAGAAAUGGCUAAUCAUGUACCCUGGUGAGGAGUUGAAGCUUGACUCACUGUCCCAUCUAAAUGUAGAACAGCAGUGCUCUGAGAAGAAUUUAAAGUAUGUUAUCGUUAUCCAGGGACCGGGACAAGGUAUUUUUGUACCAAGCGGAUGGUGGCACCAAGUUUUGAACACUGCAGAUACCAUAUCCAUCAACCACAACUGGGCAAACUUUCACUGUGUCCCGAGAAUGUGGUGCUACCUUACAUCCGAGCUGAGUUGGUGGAGAAGGAGAUAACUGAUUGUAGGGACCUGAUGAAUGAGCAGGAGUGGUUCGAGCAGUGCCAGCUCCUCUUGAGAGCCAAUAUCGGUUUAGACUUUUCCGAGUUUUUAGAUUUUGUGUUAGCUAAUCUUUAUUAUUUAUCGCAAUCCGAUCACAA